AUGAACGAGCCACAUUACAGCAAUCCAGACGCUUUGCCUUCGCAUCCUGUUCCAGUACGGCUUGGGCUAAACGACUCUACCAGUCCCUCGAACAGCAAUCAAGGUCCACACCGACCUCCGCCUGUCCGACAAUACAAUGAUCCUGCCACUGCGCGGAAUUCAGUGGGUGGCACCUCAAUACCGGUCACUCACGACGAAUUGAACAGGUUACGAACUGUUGUUUCAACAAAUCCCCACGAUCGAAAGUCGCAGCUUCUCCUCGCAAAGAAGCUCGUUGAGGCAGCACGCGUUCUAGCCGACGAAGGAGGCUCAGUUGACAUAAAGACACGAAACAAGAAUCGGGAGAGAUACAUUUCCGAAGCCCACAAGAACGUCAAGAAGCUCGUCACACUUGGUUAUCCCGAAGGGAUGUUCUAUAUGGCAGACUGCUAUGGUAUGGGUCAAUUAGGCCUCGAGGUAGAUACCAAGGAGGCCUUCAAUCUUUAUCAGGGAGCGGCGAAGAUGGGCCACGCGCAGUCCGCGUAUAGAACUGCCGUGUGCUGCGAGAUGGGAGCCGAGGAAGGCGGUGGCACGCGCAAAGAUCCACAGAAGGCUGUGCAAUGGUACAAGCGUGCCGCUGCUCUGGGUGAUGUUGCUGCCAUGUACAAAGUCGGUAUGGUACUUAUGAAAGGCUUGCUUGGCCAGCAAAAGAAUAUGGGCGAAGCUGUCAACUGGCUCAAACGUGCCGCAGAACGUGCAGACGCGGAGAACCCCCAUGCGCUGCACGAGCUUGGUCUCCUGUAUGAAGGUGUCUCGACUAACGCGUCUGGUCCGGUCAUACGUGACGAGAAUCAUGCAGGUCAACUGUUUCGGCAGGCUGCAGAAUUAGGAUACAAGUUCUCGCAGUUCAGACUUGGCCAAGCUUAUGAAUAUGGCCAGCUUGGUCUACCAAUUGACUCUCGAAACAGUAUUGCUUGGUAUACGCGCGCUGCGGCGCAAGGCGAACAUCAGAGCGAACUGGCCUUGAGUGGCUGGUAUUUAACUGGCAGUGCUGGUUUGAUCGAACAGAGUGAUACGGAGGCAUAUCUGUGGGCUCGAAAGGCGAGUACGGCAGAAGUUCCGUUACCCAAAGCAAUGUUUGCCAUGGGUUACUUCACUGAAGUGGGCAUUGGAUGUCCAAGAAGUCUAGAGGAGGCGAAGAAAUGGUAUGGGAGAGCUGCAGCACAUAAAUUUCCGAAAGCACAAGAACGUCUCGAGGAAUUGAAGAAGGGUGGCAUGAAGGCACAAAAGAGUCGUGAGAGAUUGAGUCGUACCGACAGAAAGCAGCAAGACGAGAAUUGUGUUGUCAUGUAA